GUAAUUCUCUGUGUCGCCGGUAGGUGACGCAAUUUGUUAACAGCAGCGCAGCAUCAAUAUGAAACCUGUCAGGGCGAUGUCAUCUGUCAACCCUUUAAUAUCCAGCUGUAAUAAAAACAUCUCUCACAAAAUCUGAGUGGGAUCCGGCACUGUAAAUUACGGACAGGUUUUAGGGCCUCCUCGAAAGAAGCAUGGCAACCCAGCCGACCCCACCUUCCGUCCUAAGAGAGUUCUGCCCGCUCUACUAUCUGCUAAACGCCAUCCCAGCCAAGGUCCAGCGUGGGUUCAGGUCUGUCAUGGUCUACCUGACGGCUCUGGACAGCAGCAGUGACUUCCUGGCAGUGGGCAGCAGUAUCGGCAUGCUCUACCUCUACUGUCGCCGACUUGCACACAUGAACAAGUAUAGUUUGGAGGGAAAGUGCGAUGCAAUCACGGCUGUGAAGCUGCUCAGCUGUUUUGAUGAUCUGGUUGCCGUGGGAACGGCUUCAGGUCGGGUUGCAGUCUUCCAGCUGGUGUCUCCACUUCCAGGUCGCAACAAACAGUUGAGGCGUUUCGAUGUAGUCGGACUUCAUAAAGGUUCGGUAACGUCUUUGGCCUGGAGCACCAACGGAAUGAAGCUUUUCUCUGGAGAUGAUAAAGGACGAAUCAUCUUCUCAACUCUGGACCUGGACCAGGGGGUGUGUAAACCUGUGCUGCUAUUGGAGGAGUCCUCAGGUGUGGUUCAGAUGGAGUACAGUCACCAGGUGCUGCUGGUCUCAACGCAAAAGAGAUCUCUGCUUUACUGCACACAGAGACAGGAAGUGCAGCAGCUGGGCACCAAACCCCGCAAAAGUAGCGGCAAGUUCGGAGCCUGCUUCCUGCCGGCUCUCUGUAAACAAAGUGAUCUUCAGGUGUUUGCUGCUCGACCUGGACUCAGAUUGUGGAGGUCUGACAUCAGAGGACAGGUGGAGGACACCCGACUUCUCAAACCACUCUUCAACACACAGAUUCCUCCGUUUGAGUUGUUUCCUCGUCCUGGUCCAGUCGGCGCAUACCGUCCAGCAGACAGGCAGCUCGGUCUUCUCAGCUGUUUCCUCAGAGAGGGCUGGAUCCUCAGCUGGAAUGAGUACAGCAUCUACGUCCUUGACUGUCUCAGCGAGAACUCCAUGCGGGUGCAGGUGAUGGAGCAGUUCUGCCGGCGGUCUGGUUUGCUCACCAGCAGCUCCCGUAGUCGCAGCAGCUCAGUCACUUCCUGGGACAGUCUUUAUGGAAUUGCCCCAGUAACCACAUCCUGUGAGCUCAGCUCCAGACGCUACAGUGCCCCCCUGGGUCAGGAGGAGAUGCAACAGGAGCUGGUGGUGAAAGCCAUCAGAGUGAAGAAGAGGAGGAGACGGCAAGACAGCAGCAGUGGGAACCAUCUUUCUGAGAGCAGCUGUUCAGACUCCAUGUUUAUAGUCCAGGAUGGCAACUGUAGUGAUGGAGGAAGUGGAACUCCUCUGAGCGACCGAGCCUCCCUCAUUGGGCUGGACCUUCAGAACCAGGACUCUCCAGAACAGAACCAGGACCAGGAUUCACAGGCGGAGGGAGGAGGAGGCUCAGACAGAGGUGUAAAAGAUGGAGAGGAGAUGGAGUCUGGUUCCCUCCUCCCUCGAGGAUCCUUGCUCCUCCAGGGUCUGGGGAGCCAGCUGAUCCCAGGAAAGGCUUCUGGUCCUGACCCAGAGGGGGAGGUUGUCCCUCCAACCCCGGAUGUGGAUCUGCUGCUGGAGUGCACCUUCUCCUACAUGCACAACACUGAGGAAGAUGAUGGACAGGAGCAGCAGCCAAUGGAGGAGCAAGAGGAUGAGUUUCUGAGCCCUCUGAUUGGACCGGAGGAGGAGGAGGAGGAUGACCUGGCACCACCUCCUGGUCUGGCAGACCAGAUGUUUUACUCCACUGUGUCCACUGUGGACAGAGAACCCAGUAUGUCCAGUGAUGAAGAGGGAGACAUCUACUGUCAUACCCUGCCUGCUGCUGGCAGCGGAGGAGACAGCCACACCUGUCCAUCCAAUCAGACAGAGAAGACAACAGUCAGACAGAUGGACCAGGACAUUCAGGACAGAGACAGACACAAACCUGACCAGUUGGCAGAAAGCUGGAUGGGAUACUCAGGACCAGGAUGUGGAAUACUGAGCCUGCAGGUGACUGACAGGUACGUGUGGUGUCUGGACUUUAAAGGAGCACUGUUCUGCAGCGCUCUCCCUGAAACUGGACUCAACUGGCAGCGCUUUGAGGACAACGUCCAUCAGGUGACAUUAUCACCUUCAGGUAAUUUGCUGUGGAAGGUGGAGCAGAAGAGCAUGACAGCGUUUGCUUGUGCUAAAGUGUCGGUUAAAGGAAAACGUCACUGGUACAAAGCUGUGGAACAAACGGCAUUCGUCGCUCUGAGUGAUGACUCCGCCUGGAUCAUCAGGACCAACGGUGACCUCUACCUGCAGACAGGUCUGAGUGUGGAGCGUCCCUGUGCUCGCUCGGUGAAGGUGGACUCCCCCUGUGUGUUCAGCCAGGUGUGUCUGAGAGGAGGCGUGGUCUGGGCUCUGAGCGAACACAAGGCUUUAUUCUACAGAGAGGGACUGAACAGCUACUGCAGUGAGGGAGAGGGCUGGAAGUACGACACCGUCAGUGAGGCUCAGGGUCUGGAGUUGAUGUGCGUUGCCCUGGGAGACGGCGGGACGGCCUGGGCACUGGACACCAGUGGCAGCCUGUGGUUUAGAACCGGGAUCUGUUCGUCCAGACCGCAGGGAGAUGAUGAUCACUGGUGGCAGAUCAGUAUAUCAGACUAUGUGGUCUUCGAUCAGGGCAGUCUGUUCCAGACGCUGCUGCAAGCCACGCAGAGUGUUGCCACGGUAACCAGGGCACCAGUCGAGCGGGUGGUCGCCUUCCUGUCACAGUACUCACAGUGCCAGCCAAGCCUGGUCAGCGCCAACGCCAGCGGAGUCUGGGUCGCAUCAGGACGGAACCAGCUGCACCUGGCCCGCGGCAGCCUCGUGGGAACUUUCUGGCAGAAUGUCGUUCCAAGAGGAACCGUGUCAGCCACCAGGUGGACCUUCAUCACAUCUUCAGCUGUGCCUCACAGAGAAGGUACCUUCCUGUGGUUGGCUCAGAGCAGGAAGGAUCUGUUCUGUGUUUGGGAUCAGGAUGGAGAGCUCCGCCCCUCCUCUGUCCCUCUACCACCUGAGGUGGAGCUGACUUACCUGUCUGCCUGUCGUGAUGCUCUGUGGGGUUUGGACAUUCAUGGCCGAAUCAGUAUUCGUACACUGUCUCCGUCCUGUCCAACUGGACUGCACUGGACCUCCCUGGACCUCAGCCAGCUCGGAAGUGUUCGUCUGGUCAGUGUGAGCUGUGGCAGUCAGAAUGUCUGGGCUGUUGACAGUCGAGGAGUCGUCUACUUCAGAGUCGGAACUCAACCACUGAACCCGAGCAUGAUGCUGCCAGCCUGGAUCCACAUAGAACCACCCGUACAGCCAAUAGGAGUGCAGCUGGUCAGUAUUCAGACAAGUCCUAAUGAUCGUCUGCUCUGGGCGUUGGACAACAGAGGAACCGUCUUUGUCAGAACCGGACUCAGUGAUGAGAUGCCGGUAGGGACUGACUGGGAGCUGGUACCAGGGUUAGCAGUGAGCCAGCUGGUCCUCAGCUCUCGAACCGUUUGGGUUCGGUGUGUAAAUGGAGAUUUGGCUCGACGUUACGGUGUCUCUGACCGAAACCCUGCAGGAGAUUACUGGAAAAAGAUCCCCGGAAAUGCCAACUGGUUAACUGUAACUCCAGAGGACGAGUUGUGGGCAGUGACUCUCAUUGGUGGAUUGUCCCGUCGGCUGACGAAGCUACUCCCACAGACUCCCUGUAAACCCAACUCCUCAGGCCCUACCCUCAGCGGGGACGACGUUGACGACGAGUGGGAGCUCAUAUGACCUGUGACAUUGCUGUGAUGUCACUGCUGGUUGGUGUUGGUCCGCCUUAUCUGGAUUCGCCUGGUAGGAUGCUGUAACGUCACAAUGACAUCACUUCAUAUGACAUUAAGGUUUAAACAAGAUGGCCACCGCACAGGGGGCAGCCCAGGUGGCUGCUGGGAAAUGAAGUGAACUGAGUUUUAUUCUUUUAUUUUAACAGGAAGCACUUUAAUAUCUUGGGGGGGUACACAGGGAUUCACUCAGACUGAGUCUAAAUCUGCUAAUAUUUACUACAGUUUAUACUGGUUCUAACUGCCCCCCUUUUCAUUCGAAUCUGUACAAGGACAUUAAAUGGAUUUCACUACAGAGGAACAUUUUAGUCCAGUUUAGUUCAGUGGGGUCAGACUGGUCCUUACAGGUUCAAACUAUUUGUCACUGGUUUAGUUCAGUAAACCUUGUUGUACUGUGUGUGUGAGGACAUUAAAGGGACAUUUCACAGUUCAGUUUAGUUUAGUUCUGUCUGUUUUAAUUCGAUUGAUUGAUUAAUAAGAGAUCAGAGUUCGCAUUAUGCUGUGAUAUUAAAGGGACAUUUCACAGUAACUCAGUCCAGUUUAUGUGUUCAAUGUAGACGACUCAUUGAUUUACGUUAAUGAUCGGUACAUUAGAGGUCUGGAUUUAAAGGGGACAACAGGACUCAUAAGGGUCAUAAAUGCAUUAAUGUUAGUUCACAAGCUCUGUUUUUAUUUGGUUUCAUGUUUUCAAUCAAGUGUAGCUUCACUUUUAUUUUUUCUCCAAUUUUCUUGAUCUGUUUGAAGAGAAAGUGAAAUAUUUAAAAAAAAUUUUAUUAUUUUUUUAAUUUCUGUCCAAUCACACUUGUUUAAACUGGUUUCCCACACUGACUCUGCUCCUCUGACUGGCUGCUACUGGGACCAAACUGGAUCAGACUGAACCAUCAGACUCAGACAGGAUGACAUGUUAAAGAAACGUGUUGCCUUACAUUUCUGCUGUCUGAUUGAAGUUGCUGGUUUUCCCUCCUGUGGGCAGCUUUGCCUCAGGUAGUUACCGGUCUGUUCCAUUCCAGUUACCAUGGUAACAGGCAGAGUCCCGCCCACUGGGACUGAUUCAUUAAAAACAUGUAAAGAUGUAAUAAAUGUAAUUUAAUAAACA